UACAAUUUAUUUAUUUAAAUAGUAAUGUAACAUUUUUGAAUAGCGCAAAAUAACAAAUUGAUAUAUUUUAUUGGAAUAAUAUCGCAUUUCUUGAUAAGAAUUAUUAUAAAAUAAUUUUAAAAAUAAUAUUAUUUUCCUCAACUCCAUGGAUUUAAGUUUAACGGAUUUCUUGGGAUGACAUUUUUUGCAUUGUUAUCGAACUUUCCUGUUCGAUAACACCGAACGAUACAUCGUCUUUGUUCUACAAUCAUCGUUCGACUUGCGAAGCAAGCACGUUUUUUACAAGGAAUUCCAACCAAGGAAUCGAAUUAAAUAAUUUUUAAAGAAAGUCAGAAAAAUUCGUAAUGGAAUCUCGAACCAAUCAGUCUGUUUCGGCAUCAGGCUCGUCGGAUACUUCGUUGUCGCAGCAGAUGAGACAGAACAUCAGCAAUAUGAACGACCUGGUUGGAGAGUUGCAGUUGCAGGAUCAACAACUAAAUACCGGGCAAGAAGAGCAGUUCAACAAGGAGCGCCUGAACCUACUGCUCCAGCUGCAACAGGAGAUGAGCUUCUACGCCACCAUUCAGGAGAAGUUCGACGAGCAUGAGAAGUCCAUGCAGAUGAUCAUUCAAGAGCUGCAGAAUGAGCAGCAGGCGCUAAGCGAAGCGCUUGACGAGGCUCUGGCAGACAGCACGGACAAUCUCGAAGAUCUAAACAAUGAAGUUAAGGACCUUAACAAGCAGCUGGGCAACUUGUCCGAGGACAACACUUGCGCCAUCUGCCUCUUUCAGUGGACUACCGAGGGCGAACAUUGUCUUGUCUCGCUAAGAUGCGGCCACCUGUUUGGAAGAAAGUGCAUUCGUAGAAGUGUACGCAUGAAUCACAAAUGUCCGAUUUGCCAAAAGAAUGCUAAUUGGCGUGAUAUUCGCAAAAUUUACUGCUCGAGUGGCAUAAUGGCGUCUAACUCUGAAAAUGAAUCUACUGGCGCUAGUGGAUAUACUGCUGCUGGGACUAGUGGAUAUACUGCUGCUGGGACUAGGGGAUAUACUGCUGCUGGGGCUAGGGGAUAUACUGCUGCUGGGGCUAGUGGAUAUACUGCUGCUGGGACUAUGGGAAGAAAUAUGUAUUACGACAGCGACGAUAGCUUUUAAUAUUAGUCCUUCUAAGUCUAUCGAAUAUGACAUAAGUUUUCGUUUUUUUUAUGAAUAUCAUUACAAAUGGGAUACAAAACACAAAAUGAAUUUGUGUGUAUAACAAAUGAGAAAGGAACUUUUAAUAUAUGUUAUAACGCAACGAAUGCCAAACGAAACAUGUCAUUUAAAUUUUUUUAUUAUUUAAGAAACAGUAAAUUUUUGUUAAAUACAUAUGUAUAAAAUCUCAGCAGCUAGAACUGCAUACACAUUAUCAAAAAAAUAAAAAACACUAUUUUUUUAUAAG